ACACACAAGACCGAGUUGUUUUCAUUCGUCUGUAACCUACAGUCUAAAGUAGAAACUCGUGAUCCUGAAGGGACGGCCUCUCGUUGGCGGUCCUACUUCCCUCCCAGCCCACCAGCCCAGCCAAGCGGACGGCUGUGCCGAGUCCUUUACAUACGGAGUGGUGGAGCCACCACUGUACCUUCUGGAGGAGAUGAGCUGUGAUCCCCUCCUCGGGAAGGGCCCCGCUCCACCGUUUUCUGCAGUAAUGGAAACACACAGUAGUGAAGGGAUUGAAACUCGGCGCAAGCUACUGAGCAAGACAGGCCCCAUAAUUUCACUUACCUGGCUGUCACGUGGUCUUAAGGGGGUCUGGUGCUGAGCCCAUUGUGUAGGCAGUUUCUAUGUGUGUCCUUUGGAAAUGGACAUCGAAAUGAGCUCUUCCCCUCUCUCUCUCCCUUUUCACUUUGACCAGUAUUCAGUGCCCAACCACCGUGAGCUGAAUACUGUCCUCAUGUGCCAGCGUUGUGAGGCGUGGCCCUUUCCCAACACAACCUCACUGAUGAGGCACUUACGCCCAGUCUUUAGGCCAAGGCUGGGCUGCAAAGUUGCAGACUAUUAUCUGACCAUCAGGAUCACAAAGGAUUAGAAUGCAGUCCGAGUACUGGGAGGGCAGAGUGAGAGUCAAGGACCAGCACAGGACACGGAAGUGCUUGUACACCUUAAGGGAGGCUAGCAAGUGUCCCAGUGAAAAGGGAAAUACGGCAGUACAGGGAAUGUAAGAGAGGAAGAUGCCCAUGUCAUGUGAUAGGGAUGAUCAAUCAACAGAUCAUUUUGAGCACUUGGGAUCACAUACUCAUGUUAGGUGCUGUGCUAGAUUCUGUGUAUGGAGAAAUAUUUUUAAAAUAUCAACAUGGGUCAUUGCAAUGUAUGUUACCUAAAAGUUAAAACGAUAUAAAAAGGUAUUUAUAGGCAAACAGGAAUGUGCCUAAGAGGUCAGGGAGAUCCAAUGUUUGAUACCAGAUUCAUUACAAUAAUAUAACCACAUUGUGUUUGUAGAUCUAAAUUGUAGUUACCACCCUUUAAGAGUCUAAAUUUCAGCAUGAAAAUGUUAAAAAUGAUACAGGAAUAUGGGUGUCACAGUGUAAACCCCAUUUGGUUUUCAAAUGAAUCGUAGAAGUAGAAAAUGUUAAGUGUUCAGAAGGCAAAAUCACUGUUACAUAGAAUCAUCCAGAAAGACUUUAUAGAGAGCCAGGGCUUGACCUGUGAAAGAGAGACGACUGCCAUCUUAUAGGGACUUACCAUAUGUCAAGCAUUGUGCGAGGCUCUUCCAUCUAAACCACCUUUGUUCUUUAUGACCCCUGAGAAGCAGGUUUUUGUCUUACAUCUCCAUUUUAUAGAUGAGGAACCUGACUUAGAGAUGGCUACUUGCCCUGAGUCACACACCUCAGAAGCCGUGGAAUUAGGGCUCAAACAGCUUGGGCAGGCUUCAGAGCCCAUGCUCUUUACCAUAAAUAGCACAAACAGAGGCACAGAGGUGAUGUGCCAGACACCCUCACUGGCUCCACUACGACCUCAUAGUGACUCAGACCAGGAAUGACACAUGAAACGUUGGCAGCCUUGUGUAGCCAUCAGCCUGACCAAUUACAAAAAGUCACCCCAAAUUCCUAUCCUAAGGGGGUUCCAUGGGGAAUGGUCUCAUAAUGGAUCUGGGGUGAAGGAUGAGUGGCAAUGUAAGGCCGGCAGGUGGAGGGGUGGGCAAUCAGAUGAGAACAGAGUUUCAGAACAAAAGGUUGGAAGGCAGAGAUGCUGUAUGUGCUGAUGGAGGCGGAGAGGGCCCGGACCGAGAAACUGCGGAAAGAGAACAGACUCCUGACCCUGCGGUGUGGGACUGUCCCCAGAGAGGGCGGCUGGGACACUGAGCCGUCCAGCGGAGAUGUGCCUGUGCAGCGCCUCACCAAGGAGCGGGUCUCUUCCCUCUCCCAGUCCCAGAUUCGAGACUCAGAGUGCCUCACGUGGAAUCCACGGGACAUAUUGUCCUGGGCUAAAAUGUCUACAGACCCCAGGAUUGCUACAGGUCAGCUGUCCCCACUGGAGAAGAAAAUCUUGGUUCCUAGAGGUGGGCACCAGCCAGUGACUUGGAGCAGGAACCGAGGGCCGGUGUCUUCGGAGCCUCAGCCUGGUGUCCCCGGACGCUGGUGGCUGAGCCCUGGUGACCGGCCUCUGAAGCCUGAACCAAAGGUGCGCUGCGUUGUGAAAGAGGGGACUUCACACCGGACGACAGCCCCUCGGGGCAGAGACCUUGGCCUUGGAGAAGCCAUGCUGAAGCCGGAGGCGUCUGCAGAGCCCCUCCAUCUGCUGCGUUUCCCGGAGACCAAAAGCCCCGGGAAGGAGUGCGACCAGCCUGGGGGGCCGGGCCAGGAGGGGAGAGAGCCGGAAACAGACACCAUGGAGAAGCCUGUCCAGCGUAUGCAGAAACUGCUCCCUCGGGUGGAGGAAGACGCCCAGCAGGAAGCCGCACGGAGAGAGUGCAGGUGGAGGGCGUGGGUGCAGAAGCCAGUCACCUUUGAGGAUGUGGCAGUGAACUUCACCCAGGAGGAGUGGAUGUAUCUAGAUGCCAGUCAGAGGGCCCUGUACCAGGACGUUAUGUCAGAGACCGUCAGAAACCUGAUGUCUGUAGAUGUGGUCACGAAGCUUGAAGAAGAAGAACAGUGGAGGACCGAGCUCCAGCUCCAACCCCCAAGUGGAGAAGGCCUCCGUUCAGGAAGCAGGAAGCAGGAGCUUCCAGAAGGGAGUCCAAGCAGUAGGGGCAGAGAUGAGGAGGUCCCCCUUGCUUGCAAAGGCUCAGGACGACCCUGUGCCCCCGUGGGUUCCGGGCCCAGGACCCCUGAGUGUUCAGCCCCCCAGGCCGGGCCACCGUUCACCUGCCACGUGUGUGGCAGGACUUUCAGGAAGCGCUCCAACCUGCACAGCCACCAGUUUGUGCACAAUCCCCACAAGGCUAACAGCUGCAGCCAGUGUGGGAGGUCCUUCCGGAACCCCAGGGACCUCAGCUACCACAGGCGCAUGCACCUGGGGGAGAGGCCCUUCUGCUGCCCGCUCUGUGACAAGACCUACUGCGACGCCUCGGGGCUCAGCCGUCACCGCCGUGUGCACCUGGGCUACCGGCCCCACUCCUGCGCCCUCUGUGGAAAGGGCUUCCGGGACCAGUCCGAGCUCAAACGCCACCAGAAGACCCACCAAAACCGGAAGCCGGUGGCCAGGGACUGGAAGCAUGUCGUGAGCCCUCCAGGCUCCAGCGCUCUGUCUUGGGAGCCCCUGGACAGGAGCCAGGCGAGCAGCCGGGAGCCCGCGGACGGGACCCGAAAACCUGUAUUUGGAACCAGGGGUCCUGUAGCUCAGACCCAGCCACCUGCAGACAAAAAGCGGGCGAUCGCUGUGAAGCCUCGGGCACCGGCCACGGCAGCCCCGGGGCCUGAGACCGGGACCCAGGAGCCUGACACCAGAGCCCCCUGCCUGGACACCAGUCCCCCAGCGAAGCCUUCAGGACUCCAGGUCUCCUGUGGCCCUUGCUGCGCCCCGACGCUGAGCGGGAGAGCCUGUCCGUCCAGCCACCACAAGGCCCACGUCACCGAGCCACGCUGCUGCUUCCGCUGUGGCAAGGCCUUUGGGUCCCUGUCGGGGCUGGCCAGACACCAGCACAUGCACUGGAGGCAGCAGGUGUACCGCUGCCCCGCCUGUGACGUCUGCUUCGGGGACAAGGAGGGCCUCGUGGGCCACUGGGGGGCUUCCAAAGGCAAGGACCCGUGUCUGGGCAGCCCCCACGCGUGCCGGGCGAUCCUGGCGCAGUGGCUUGGCUUCUUCCGAGACACCUCCCCUUUGGCAGGAAAGGAGCCGGUUGUGCCCCGGGAUCUGGGCCCUGGGCCCCCAGGAGAGGGCAGGGGGGAGGGGAGAGGGGGUGCAGAGCCGAGAAAGCAAGUGAGGCCGUGAGGGUCUCGGGACGUGAAGAAGCAGCCGUUCUGUGCGCCUGCGUUUCCUAGUCCUGACCUCUGGGCACAGGAAGGGGUGAGGGGUCAUGAGGGAAAUGCAGAAAGGAACAGGGGUGAGCAGUGGUUCACGGAAACCUGUAUUAUCAUUACUUAGCACCUGCUUGUUUCUUUGUGUCUGACAGACCAUCAAGUAGUAGUUGUUGCAGAAAACGGUGGAGGCUCUGAUGGACGGGAGGGAAGGGGGCUGCGGGCCACGUCUGGGCUCCCCAGGGUCUCCAGCAGCUCGCUCACUCGGCUCUCAUGGUUUGGACCCUUCCUGCCCCUUCCCGCAGCCCUCCACCUCUCUGCCCUGCCCCUCAGGACUGGCGUCUUGGAAGAAACAACCACCAUUUUCGAGGUUAGAGCACUGGAAUGUGCAACAGGGGGGUCCUGGUCACAGUCCGAGGCUGAGAGCCUGCUGCCUGUGUCGCUGUCCAGCUCAGGUGACCUCAUCGGGGAGAGGAGCGCCCGCCUGGCUGUGGCCAGAGGGGGCUUCCAGACGGAAGACAGGACAGGGGAGACGAGGGGACAGAAAGGCCACGACAGAAGGAAACAAUCCCAUUGGCAACUCCGAGCAUUCCUGGAAACGCAGAUUGGAAAGUCCCUGCAGCGAGGAGGCCAAUGAGUGUUCAACAUGGGGGAUCCGCAUCCUGAGGGCCGGUCCAUGGGCCAGUCCAGCUCAGAAGGGGUUUCCUGGAAAGAGGAGACAGUGAUUUGAAAAUCUGUCAGUGGUUGCGAUCACCAACCCAUUAAACCCGAGGACAGGGAAAGCCCUGGCGAAGCCUCUCUCCUCCAUGGCUGGUCUUGGAGGUGAGGUGCCAGGUGGCUGCUGGACAGUGUGGGAAUUGGGCAGUGCGUGGGAGAGGCCCCUGCCUCCCCCUUGGGGUCGCUCAGCUGCCCCCACUUCCUUUUUCUGCCUUCCUGGCCUUUGGUUCUCAGCUUACAAAAGGAAGAAAGGAAGAAAACUUACUUAGCUCUUCAAGAAAUUGCCCUGAAAAAAGAGAGAGAGAGAAAUGGGUGACCGGUGGAAGAUGACGGGCCCCCUCCCCACAGAGUCCCUGAGGAGCCUGGACGUGGCCUUGGGGACACAGGGGGGACAAAAUCCGGUUCCCUGCAUCUGAAGCCCUGGCCCACUCUCUCCCUGUUCGGGGAGGACCUGGUGCCCCAUGGCUCUGGUCACCCUUGUGGCCCUGUGCACCUGCCAGUCUCCGAUGCAGCCAGUUGUAGCAGAUGACCAGGGCAAGCAGGGGUCCGAGCACCGGCACCAGCGUGAACAGGGUGAUCUUCCAGCAGGGCACCCUCAGGAAGUGCGGGUCUGGGCGGGUCACAGAACAAACGGGAUCAACGACUGUGUGUCCCUUGAGCCCCACCCACCCGCACUCCUCUCAUUGUGGCAUUCUCAGCCUGGGCUCCAGGAACCCACAGAGGUCUGCAGAGAGCUCAGGGCGUUUGUGAACUUGGGGGAGAAAAGCAGUAUGUCAUCAGCAGUGCCUGUGCCUUUAUCGCCGGUGGAAACCACGGAUGACUUUCGUUCCCAUUGGGGUUGUUGCCGAAUUCUCAAAAUGCUUGUCAAUGUUUUGAAAUUGUGACUUAUUAGACCUGCUGCUACAUUCUUAUUUAAAGCAUUUUUGUUAUUUAAAGAAACAUUCAUGACUAUAUUACAGAUCACAUGUUACUAAAUGCAAAUGUGUUUGUAUUUUGAUACCUGUAUUUCAAUUCAGUGGUUCUCUUUGCA